AUGUGGUCCAAUGCUUUGUGCACAUUGGGCGUCACUAAACCCCUAUGCAACUGUCUCAGCAUACGACAGGUGGCGGCUGCAGCAGCGGCGGCGGCCAGUCAAGGUGCUGCCAUCACCACCGGCCCCACAUCAGCUUCCAAUAACACUGCCGGGGAGUCUCGUGGCAAGAGACCCCUUAAAAUUUGGGAUAGUUGGCGAAAUGUGCGCAAAGGCGUAGUUGUUGGAACAUUCGAGGAGCUAUUAGUCAGAGGAAAGGAUAAAUUGGGGGUUCCUGCCUCAGAACCGGUGCGUGUUGUUCUGGAGUGCGAUGGAACCCAAAUCGAAGAUGGCGAAUAUUUUCGUACAUUGGCGAACAACACGGUGCUACUAUUGCUAAGGCAGGGCGAACGCUGGUAUCCAACUGGUGUUGAUGUUAUAAAAGCUGCGAUAUCAGCUAUACCGAAGAUCGUCUGUGAGACGAUUCAUGCGCUCGAACUACACGAUGAGACGCCAUCUUGGAAGAUUAUGGAUAAUAAGGGUCGUGUCACGGUGGUCCUGCACUGGGAUCAGCGUCAGGGAGGUGGAGGCGGAGGAGGAGGCGGUGGAGGUGGUGGUGGAGGUCCCGGCGGCGUCGGUGGCAUGGGGCCGAGUGGAAGCGGUGUCAGCGGCAGUAAUGGACUCAUGUCAUCGGACAAAUACUCACCAUCGAAGAAAGGACUGUCGGCGCAAAGUUCGCUGGACACCAAAUCGGUGUCGUCACAAUCGUCACAACAACGCUAUGCCAGCCCACAAAUAACCGUCAUUAGUGAUGAAGGUCCAGCGAGCAUAUACCAUCCGGGCGGUGUGGUGCUGCCACCCGGUGUUGUAAUACCCGGCACCAGCAGACGCCUAUCUAAACAGGGCGGCUCAUUUGAUAGCGCCGUGGGUGCGGUGCAUGUGCAUACACCCGAAUGUGCGCAUCAUGCGCACACGCCCAGUCGGGCGGGUAGCCCCAGCACCACGGAAUGCGAUUUUCAUUGUUGUGCGUUGCAUGAGGAGGGACGCAAGAUAGCCGUGCAUAAAAGUGUGGCCACGUCGCCCAUACAGGAUGGCACAACGAGUCCCCAGCCGCAGCAACAAGCGACGCUAUCAAUGUCAUCGGUUGUGGAUCCUAUGAUGGGCGGCAGCAUGCAGCGACGCUCAUCGGGCGUCAAGGGCCAUGUACGCUUUCUGGAUAUUGCGCCGGAGCGUGAUAGCUCCGAGAGCGAAACAGAGAAUACCGUCAUGGAGGAUGAUAAGACGACGACUGAGAAAUUCCUGCUGCUAAUCGAUCAGCUGUCUGUCGAUCAGAAACGACAUCUCAGCAUCAAAGAUAUCGGCAUCAUAUUGGAGCGGCUCAAUUCGAAGAUACUCGACGUGGAGCGCCUGGAUCGAGAAUCGGAAUCGGACGAUUGCUAUAAUUGGACGAUAAAGGCGACAAUACGUGGUGAUGCGCUGCGCGAGCUGGGUGUCAUCUAUAAUGGAAACUAUUACGCCAUAUCCGAGCAUCCCGGCUACAAAGAGGAAGUCGAAGAGAACGGCGAAGAGGUGGAGGAGGAAGAUGAAGAGGAUAGAAUAUAGAAAUGCAAUUAAUUAAAUUUAAAUUAAAUUAACAACAUUAAGCAUUAACACAAAAUACACACA